AAAUAUUUACAGCACAGGUCAACUGAUCUGUCCUUACUGUUGACGAGAGGUGAAACUGUUUCUUUGUUUUUGUUCGGUUUGGCGGGAGUUUGGAUUUACUUGGAAAUGGCCUGCACAAAACUAAACGUGUAUUAUAUACCAACAUACACAUCGAUCUCCGUUUUUAUCUUGAUAGGUCUUUAUUAUAUUCUGAGUGGUGAAGGCCAUAGAUUCGAUAUAGGAUGGGUUUUAUCUGAAACAUCACCCUACCUAUGGGCUGCAAUGGGUAUUGGUUUAGCUAUCUCCCUUUCAGUGGUUGGAGCUGCUUGGGGCAUCUAUAUAACAGGCUCUAGUAUUCUAGGAGCAGCCGUCAAAGCACCUCGUAUUCGUACAAAAAAUUUGGUUAGCAUUAUUUUCUGCGAAGCUGUUGCAAUUUAUGGGAUUAUUACAGCUAUUAUUAUGCUAAGUCAAGUUGGGUCUUACAAUCCUGCAGGUGCAAGUGAAGCCAUUAUUCGUCAAGCACAUCGAGCUGGUUAUGCAAUGUUUGCGGCUGGAUUGACUGUUGGUUUUUGUAAUCUUAUCUGUGGUAUAUGUGUCGGUAUGGUUGGUUCUGGUGCAGCUUUGGCAGAUGCUGCAAAUUCUGCAUUAUUUGUUAAAAUACUUGUAGUGGAGAUUUUCGGUAGUGCAAUUGGGUUAUUUGGAAUAAUUGUAGCUAUUCUUCAAAUUUCUGGCAAGAAAAUUUCUGAUAAAGGUUGAAGAGUACGUAAGACUGGAGACUAAACGAACACUAUUCCGUCUCACUCUACUACUACUUAUACCUUAGUUUUUCUCAUGAUACUCUCUCUCUCUCCACAUGUGUUACCAUUUUUUUAGAAUUUAAGUUUUGCGUAUCGGCUGUGUUGCUAAACUCUCUCCUCUUUCUCUCUCUUUCCACCAAUUUUCUAUUUUGUUUUUUCGAAAAUGUCCGUCUAAUAUGAUUAGUUGAAAAGAAAAAUUGAUUCAUUUCUAACUCAGUGAAUAGUAUUUGUUACUUGUGUCAUAUUUAUGAUCGAAAUAUCGAUUUAUGUUUUCGUUCCUCUUAUCAUUUGAUACAUAUAUGUGUUACAAUUCAAUGCAUAAUAUUUGAUAUCAUUAUUGUUAUGAUUAACAAUUAACCAAACAUGAUAGCGAUGUGUUUUACUCUAUCACGCUGUUAUGCUACUCAUAUUCCUUUCAUUGUGUGUGUGCGUAUGUGUUGAUUAAAUAAAUAUUUAUUUUUUAGUG